CUGCAAAGCUGCUGCCCGUCUCCAUAGCGACGACACUCCGGAAAUACAACAUAAACCCGCCAGCGGUGAUUAGCUUACUAGCUUGUUUAUCUGCCGCGUUGUUUAUCAAAGAAAAACAAACUCAUACGUUUGUUUGUUUGUUUGUUUGUUCGUCGGUUGAGUCGGUAAACAUGUCGGAGCCCGAGGAGGAGGUCCAAGGAGAGCAGAGAGACAGCAUUAAGAAGAAGAAGAAGAAGAAGAAAGAGAAACGAAGCGCAAAGAAGAAGAAGGAGAAGCGGGAGGAAGAGGAGCAACAGGUGGAGGAGGAGAAGGAGGAGGAGGAAGAGGAGCAGAGUGAGCGUGUGGUGCUGCAUGGGAUCUUCAAACUGGGGAAGAAGAGCCACGAUGUCCUGCUCACCCGAACCAGACUGACAUGGACGCCCAUCACCCCGGAGACCCCCACAGGUGAGGCAUGCGUGCCGGAGCCAGGUGUGAUGCUGCUGCAGGACGUGUUUGCAGUGAAGGUGAAGCGGCGGCGAGCAGCGGGCCAGCAGUCGGGGGGACCUGUGCUCGGCAUAGCUCUGUUCUGCUGCAGGAGGAAAGGGAGGAGGCUGGAGGAGGAGACGCUGCACCUCCACAAUGCUUCUGCAGAGCACACACACACCUGGUACAACACCCUGAAGGAGCUGCUCACAGAGUCCAGCAGGCGUCCCAGGUAUCUCAAGGUGUUCAUCAACCCCAGCAGCCACAAGAAGGAGGCCGUUCACAUCUACAGAGAACACGUGGCUCCGCUCUUCAAGAUGGCUGACAUCCGCACUGACAUCACCGUGACGGAGAGGAAGGGUCAUGCUCUCUCAGUGAUGAAGGAAUGCAAGCUGGAUGAAUAUGAUGGGGUGGUGUGUGUAGGUGGAGAUGGCUCGGUGGCGGAGCUAUGUCACGCUCUGGUCCUCAGGGCUCAGCUGGAUGCUGAUUCUCCAGAGAAACCAGUAAAACCAGUGCUGCCGCUUGGAAUAAUUCCUGCUGGUUCCACAGAUGUUGUUUCCUGUUCUGUUCAUGGAGUCAGAGAUCCAGUCACUGCAGCCCUGCACAUCAUCCUGGGUCACCUGCAGCAGGUCGACAUGUGCAGCUUCUCGUCUCUCGGUCAGUUGGUGCGUUUCGGUUUCUCCGCCAUGUUCGGCUUUGGUGGGCGGAGCUUAGCACGGGCAGAGAAGAAGAGGUGGAUGCCUUCAUCGCGGCGACGAGAAUACGCUCUGGUGAAGACGCUGGCUAGGCUGAGACCCGAGGACUGUCAGCUGUCUUUUCUACCAGCGAAGAAAUCAAACAGAGAUCAGCAUCAGGACCAGGACCCAGAUUCAGAAGGGGAGGAGUCCUGGACGACCAAUCAGGGCCUGUAUCUGAGCAUCAGCGUCAUGUCCAUCCCCUGUCUGAGUCCACACACACCUCACGGACUGGCUCCCAACACCAGUUUAGCAAACGGCAGCGCAGCAUUGAUCGCAGUAGGAAACACUUCCAGGUCAGAGUUCAUCAAACACCUGAAGAGAUACAGCAGCUCUAGUGGACAGUUCAGCUUCACAUUCGUGGAGACGCAUGCCGUGUCAGCGGUGAGGAUACGCACGCGCUCUGUGAUUGGCUGGUCGGAGGAGGACAGCGAGGAAGAGGGCGAGUCCAAAACCAUGCCCAUCAUCCAAUCAGAGGGACCCGCCUUCCCCUGGAACAUCGAUGGAGAGCUGGUAGAGAUCGCUAACGAAGUGCUCAUCAGGGUCCACCCGCAGCUCAUCACACUAUACGGGGAGGACGUGGACGAGGCCGAGUCUACCGUCUCCUGCAGCUGCAUCUGAGUCCAGUAGAGGGCGCUGCUGUGUUUGUGUUGGGACAAGAACGCUUCGCCAUGGUGACCACAGUGACUCAACAGUGCCCUCUCUGUCAUUACUGUUUCCAUGACGAUGUAAACUGACGUAGACGUUUCAUUGAAAGCAGCAAAAACACUUGCCAGUAGCAUCAGAGCUUUGCAGCUUCCUGUUUACAUUAAAGCUGCAUUAAUUGAUUUUUGUUUUUUAUUUUUAUUGAUUACUGCAGCUUUAAUAGCCUGUAAGCUAAAGCAGGAUUCAUAGUUGUGGGUCAGCUCUACGCUGUAGCCUACACACGUGGCCUACACCAUUGUGAGCAUUAAUACUUGUGCUUUGGUGUGUCACUCUACAGUUACACUGGCAAACCGCUAGUCCGUGGUGGGGGUUCUGUGAAGUGCUGUAAAGUUUAGUUGAUUCAAAACACACAUUAAACACACAUUAAACAUGGCUUAAUAG